AUGUCUUUUAUCAAAUUAAUAGGGAUUGACAAUUCAGAGAUCGAAUUCGAAGAAAAUAAAAAUAGUGUCAAGGAAAUUAAAUUAUAGUGCAUUGCAAAACAAGAAAGAAGAAUUAAAGUUAAAGUCAAAACAACUGAUCCAGACGUAUUUCAAGUUGUAGGCAAGCCCAUAGUAUUUACCGAACUCAAUCAAAAGGGAGUGCUCUUGAUCAAAGCUAACAGUGCUAAGAAAAGAGACAACGAUAAGGAUAAAAUCAAAAUUGAGGCCUAUGAUUAUGAAGAUAGUGUACCUUAAUCGGCUUCAGGAUCUGGAGAGCCUCCAAAUAUCUAAGAAAUUACAUUGACAGUUAGAGUGCUGAGUAAUAAAACAACUCAAUAAGCCAAUGAUCAAAAGUUGGUGGAAUCUCAAAGUUUACUAGAUAGAUAAUUAGAUUAGAUUGCUGAAUCGAAAUUCAUAAAUCAAACUUCAAAGUUUGGGGAUGCUUAAAAAUUUCUCUCUUCUAAUGUCAAAUUCGAUAACAUAGUAGAGAGACAGAAAAGCGAAUUUUUGAGCAUGUACCAAUAAAAAAGUUAAAUUAAUACUUCAAACAUUCUAAUCGAGACGUAGCCAUAAUACAAAUAGGAAUAUGAGUAGUACUUGAUAUUGACUGAUGAAUAGGAAAAAGAGCUAUUCAAAUUAAGUGAAUUGAAAAACAAGCUUCAAAGAUAAAAAUUAAAAUAACAACAAAUCGUUGAAACUCCAAAACCAAAGUCACUCAAUACUUUGCAUAUUGGAUAUGCAAUCAUAACUGUUAUUUUGAGCUUCAUGAUUGGAAUGCUUGCUAAAACAUGA